UAAUUGUCAGUUUUGGACAAAUUUUUGUCUACGAUUGUCGUUUCGUUUCGUACUUGAGAUGAUGCUAAAUGUGUUUUUUGAUAUCAAUAAUUAUCUUAUCUAGUGAUAAACCUUUGAAAAAGAUUUUGGAUUCUAUUGAAUAGUGCGUGUUAUUGUUAAAGUUAAGUGUAAAAAAUGGAUACUUUAAGGUUUUACUUUGUGACAUGGAAUGUGGCAACUAGGUCUCCAGGUCAAGAUCUUAAUUCACUGUUGGAUUUUCCAUCUCAAUUUAAUAAAAACAAACAGUUACCCGACUUUUAUGUAAUUGGUUUACAAGAAGUAAAGUCACAACCUCAGAACAUGCUCAUGGACAGUCUCUUCACUGACCAAUGGACAUCAACAUUCAACAAAAUCCUGUGUAGACAGGGCUUUAUCAUCGCAAAGAGUAUCCGUUUGCAAGGAAUCAUUUUACUAGUGUAUACUCAAAUGAAACAUGUCACCCAUCUUAGAGAUAUUGAGGCACAAUACACAAAAACUGGACUGGGUGGUUUAUGGGGUAACAAAGGAGCGGUUAGUGUAAGGUUCAAUAUAUAUGGGUGUUCAGUGUGCCUUGUGAACUGUCAUCUCACAGCACAUGAGCACUUGUUAGCAGACAGGAUUGCAGAUUACAAUACUAUAAUCAAAGAUCAUUCCUACCACCUCACAGAAACUUCAAAUAUAUUAUACCAUGACUACGUUUUUUGGAUAGGUGACUUAAACUUCCGCACCGACCAUCCGACUGGCAGCAGUCCCUCAUCGCAAGAAAUUGUCGCGACCUUGCAGAAAGUUGAGAAGGACAAGUAUACGUCGCUAUUGAAACAUGACCAAUUGUUGGCGGUGAUGGAUAGCGGUGAAGCGUUCUCCGAGUUCUCGGAGCCUGAGAUACGAUUCCCGCCAACUUAUAAGUUCUUGUUGGGCACAGACGACUAUGACAUCAAGAGAAAACCUUCAUGGACGGACAGAGUAUUGUACAAGGUGAUAGCAAAUAAUUACGAGAACAUAACGCUGAGAGCGGAUUUGAUAUCUUAUAAUCACAUACCUCAUUAUAUGGUCAGUGACCACAAGCCAGUGGUUGCACAAUUUAACAUCAAGAUCCGCCACCCUUUCCCACGCACCGUGUUAGCCCAAAAGCCGCAGAAAACAGCGCCUGUACGCAUGCGAUCAGCUUUAGUAAUGCCCGAAGCGGUGUCAGCUUUCACUGAAACCAUUAAUGAUGCCUCUAGUUCUAUAGUACGGGAUGGGGACUUUGAAAUGAUUUCUAGUGAUACAGAAAUUGAAACAAUUGAAGAGGAUGAGACGUUCGCCAAUUAUACGGAGAAAACGGUGGAGUUUGCGCCAAUUUCGCGCAUUUGGUACAUCGGUGACGCAGACUUCAGAACGCAAUGCACUUUAUCGCACGACGUCGAGAUAAACCCCAACGAUUGGAUCGGUAUCUAUGAUGCUGACUUCCACAACCUAGACGAUUAUAUAGCUUACGAAUAUCUUGCCAAAGUGAGUGUACCACAAACUGAAACUGCGACCGGUCCGCGAACCAUUACUCUCAGUUUCCCAGUCGGUAGCGGCGUCAGAACCCCGGGCUUCUACAGGCUAAUUUACUUCAGUCAACCAAAUAAUGAUGUCAGAAGUGUUUUGGGUAUAUCGGAGCCGUUCGAAGUUAGCAGUAAGGAGGACAAAAUGAUCACCCUGGACCCUUGCAGCGAAGCGUCCUGCAGUACAUCGCCGAACGCGGGCCGCAAGCCGAUGUCGGCCAAUACGGACGUGUUCACCGACUUCACCGAUGAGAAUAAGGAUCCCAUCUGA